UCAUAUGUCAAUCUGAACACCAAACGCAGCGCCUCCUCGCAAUUAUCGCGGUUGCAUAAAAAUAUAUGAUUAAUCUGUUAUAGAGGCGAAUUUGGGUUCGUUCGGAAUGAGGCUUUGACUCCAUCCGAGCAAAACUACCCGAACAAAACAUUAUUAUAGCACAGGACAUCAACAUUUAACAUUUAACCGAUGCUCAUUUACAGCAGGUGGCGUUGCUUGUAUAAUCUAUAAUCGCGUUUCGAUCCGGACCUUGGAUUGGAUCUGCCUGUUGUUCAGAUUCAGCACUGGACAGCGACCGAUUUUGUCGCUCGGACAUUCAAAACGACAAGGAAUCAUCGAGAAAGGUCGAAUCGACCCUUGCUUGGCUCGGGGCAAUGCGCGGCUAGAUGACUUCACUACAUCAACAAGCACCGUAGCCCUGGACUAAAUAUAUCACCACACCCCCCUGCCUUCUCUCUUCCUUCUCUCUCAUCUUGAGCGCCUCCCGCCCGCUAGCACCAUGGGUAACCGAGGAAUGGAGGAUUUGAUCCCGCUGGUCAAUAAACUCCAGGACGCUUUCAGCGGCAUCGGUCAGAGCUGCAAUCUUGACCUGCCACAAAUCGCGGUAGUCGGCGGACAGAGCGCUGGCAAGAGCUCGGUGUUGGAGAACUUCGUUGGCAGGGACUUCCUGCCCCGAGGCUCUGGGAUCGUCACCCGCAGGCCCCUUGUCCUGCAGCUCAUCAGUGCCAAUGCAGAAUGGGCAGAGUUCUUACACUGCAAAGGGAAGAAAUUCACUGACUUCGAUGAGGUUCGCCAGGAGAUUGAGGCGGAGACUGACCGCAUUACUGGGGCCAAUAAGGGCAUAUCUCCCGUCCCCAUCAACCUGCGCGUCUACUCCCCACAUGUGCUGAACCUGACCCUGAUUGACCUGCCAGGCAUCACCAAGGUGCCCGUGGGGGACCAGCCAGUGGACAUUGAGCAGCAGAUCAGAGACAUGAUCAUGCAGUUCAUCUGCAGGGAGAGCUGUCUCAUCCUGGCUGUCACUCCGGCCAACUCUGACCUGGCCAACUCAGACGCCCUCAAACUGGCCAAAGAUGUUGACCCCCAGGGCCAGCGGACUAUAGGAGUGAUCACCAAGCUGGAUCUGAUGGAUGAGGGAACAGACGCCAGGGAAGUACUGGAGAACAAGCUGCUGCCCCUAAGGCGAGGUUAUAUUGGAGUAGUGAACCGCAGUCAGAAGGACAUUGAUGGAAAGAAGGACAUCAAGAUGGCUAUGGCUGCUGAGAGGAAGUUCUUCCUCACUCACCCGGCCUACAGACACAUGGCCGAAAAGAUGGGCACCCCGUGCCUACAGAAAGUCCUCAACCAGCAAUUGACCAACCACAUCCGCGACACGCUGCCGGCGUUCCGUAGCAAGCUGCAAACCCAGCUUCUGUCUCUGGAUAAGGAGGCCGAGGAGUACCGGGGAUACCGCCCUGAUGACCCGGGACGUAAGACCAAGCAACUGCUGCAGAUGGUGCAGCAGUUCUCUGUGGACUUUGAGAAGCGCAUCGAGGGCUCUGGGGACCAGGUGGAUACUGUAGAGCUCUCUGGUGGAGCCAAGAUCAACCGUAUCUUCCACGAGAGAUUCCCUUUCGAACUGGUUAAGAUGGAAUGUGAUGACAAGGAGAUGCGGCGGGAGAUCAGCUACGCCAUCAAGAACAUUCACGGUAUCAGGACUGGCCUGUUCACUCCAGACAUGGCAUUUGAGGCCAUUGUUAAGAAGCAGAUAGUGAAGAUCAAGGAGCCGUGUAUCAAGUGUGUGGACAUGGUCAUUCAGGAGCUGAUCAACACCGUGCGCCAGUGUACUAACAAGCUGGAUUGCUUCCCCAGACUGCGUGAAGAAACCGAGAGAAUUGUGACCUCACACAUCAGAGACAGAGAGAGUAGGGCCAAGGACCAGGUGUUGCUGCUGAUCGAUGUCCAGCUCUCAUACAUCAACACUAACCAUGAGGACUUCAUAGGCUUUGCUAAUGCACAGCAGAGCAGCAAGCAGAGCAGCAAGCAGAGUAAUGCUGCAAGCCAGGUCAGCCAGGUCAUCCGUAAGGGCUGGCUAACCAUCAACAACAUCAGCAUCAUUAAAGGUGGGGCCAAGGAGUACUGGUUUGUCCUGACCGCUGAGAGCCUGUCCUGGUUUAAGGAUGAUGAGGAGAAGGAGAAGAAAUACAUGCUCCCUCUUGACAACCUGAAGGUGCGAGACGUGGAGAAAGGCUUUAUGUCCAGCAAGCACGCCUUCGCCAUCUUCAACACCGAGCAGAGGAACGUGUACAAGGACAACCGUUUCCUGGAGCUGGCCUGUGACACUCAGGAUGAGGUGGACAGUUGGAGGGCUUCUCUCCUACGCGCUGGGGUCUACCCCGAAAGAUCUUCCAAUGUGGAGAGUGAGGGCGGCGGCUCCUCGUCCUCGUCCCAGGACAACUUUACCAUGGACCCUCAGCUGGAGCGAAAAGUGGAAACCAUCCGCAACCUGGUCGACUCCUACAUGGCCAUCGUCAACAAGUGCAUCCGCGACCUCAUGCCCAAGACCAUUAUGCACCUCAUGAUCAGCAACGUGAAGGACUUCAUCAACGCGGAGCUGCUGGCCCAGCUGUACUCAGCCGGGGACCAGGGUGCCCUGAUGGAUGAGUCCCAGGAGCAGGUCCAGAGGAGGGACGAGGUCCUCAGGACCCACCAGUCCCUGAAGGAGGCCCUGGCCAUCAUAGGAGACAUCUCCACCACCACCAUCUCCACCCCCAUGCCCCCGCCCGUGAACGACUGGCGCGGUGGAGGCGGAAACAGGUCUCCUCCAACCAGCCCCACUGGUUCCAGGAGGAUGUCAUCAGGCCAGCGCCCUAGUCCCGGAGGGGGGCGAGGGGCUCCACCCCCUCCUAACCGCCCAGGACCCCUGGGGCCCUUCAACAACAGUGCUGAUAGCCCCCAGGUCCCCAGCCGCCCCAACCGGGCCCCUCCCAGCAUCCCCAGUCGGCGACCUCCUCCUUCUCCAACAAGAAAUGUCCCCCCAUCUUAAGCAGUCAAAGGAGCUUGUGAUCUCUUAAGGGCCUAGCGCUCAUCCGUCCCCAUACCAACCCCAUUCCCCCUAUCCUCCACAAGCCCCUCUUCUGUCUAUCCUUUACAUAGUGCAGACAUUGAACCUUUUGCCCUCUGUCCCUGACCCCUGACCUCACGCCAGGUGACGAUCGAUGUCCAUGUAUCUAUGUACAGUAUGGUGCUUGUCUUGUGGUGUAUCUUUCUGUAUGUGUGCUUGUGCUCACCUGUGGUCCAGGUCUGUUUAGCAGAUCCAGUUCCGACUGAGUUUCAGCCCCUAGAAAACCUCCAUCUCCCUUACCUAGAACCCAACUUGCUGUCCCUAGAACCCCAUCCUCACCCUCCACCCACCUCCACCUAGACCCCACUUGCUGCUUCUUUACAUAUCUAUGCUCAGCAGUGGCACUGCCCUACCCAUUCCAAAAUGCAGCAUGGCACAUAGGUUGCUUUUAUUGCAUGUGUGUGUGUGUGUGUGUGUGUGUGUGUGUGUGUGUGUGUGUGUGUGUGUGGGAGGGGGACUAAUUGGCCUAUCUAGGCCAAGUUAGUUUUAGUAUCAUAUAUUACAUAUUGUACAACACCUUCUUUCUGUGGGUUAUUGGCUAGGUGUUCGUUCUUCUCUUAGAGAGGAAAGAAUAUGUCUUAGUGGAGUGUGUGUGAAUGUAAGUGUGUGCGUAUAUUUGUGCAUAUAUAUGUGUGUGAGAGUGUGCCAACACGUGUGCAUGUAUUGUCUGUCUGCACGUUGGUUUAAUGUUUGAGUUGUAAGCUGUUAAUAAAUCAAGACCCUUGGGACUAAUUUGAUGUUGGAUUACUGUGUGAUUUGUUCCUGUGUUGUAGUAGCAGUCAAUACACAUAGAACAAGGCUGAGGACAUUGUUCAAAGCAAAACAGCCUCAAUAAAUGGUAUGCCUGUAUCUACUGUAUCACUGGUCAAGUGGAGAUCUUCCUCACACCUUUAAGCUCAAACUCACAGAGGCUGGCUGGCGAGAUGGAAGGAAGUAUUCCCAACACACAGAGAGACAGAGAAAUACACUGAUAUUACCGGCCACCAUUAUGGGAAGAUACAUAUCUCUGUGUGACUGAGAACAGUGACAUUCUCCAUUUAGCCUUUGCCUCAGGUUGGAUUCAAACCUCCCCUGUGUUCAUGACUGAUCACAUGCCACUUCAGAACUGUGUAAAACAUAUCCUCCUCUCCCCGUCCUCUCCCUCUUCCUCCCCAGUCCUGAGUCCAGUCAGCCACUGUGCCCAGAGCUUAAGGUGGAUUUGUGUAAAGUGCUCUCUGUCAGUUUGUUAUUGUGUAUGUAUGUGGUCCUCUUUUGAGACUGUGUUCUGCAGUACAUACAUACACACCAAGGUAUUAAUAAUACAGAGGUGACUGUUGACUAUAAUGACCUUGUUACAAUCUAGCGCUUGUUCUCUCAAUGUCUCUAGUGUUCUCUCGCUCUACUUCUCUAAAUAGAUCAAUUAGACCGCCAUAGUGGCAUGAGUUACAAGUCUGUAUUGCCAAAGUUAAUUAUAGAAAGGAAAUCAUACAAUAUCAAGCAGAACAUCAACAAUGUGGUUCCUAUAGUUAUGAAAUUAUAUUGUAUGUAGGAGGAUUUAGAUGAAUUGGGAAUUGAAUUGCAACAGUGGUUCUUUUCUUUCUGUGUGUCUGUAUCUCUCUUCAAUAAACUAUUCCCCUCCCACUU